CAAAAGUUUAGUCCUUGUGUACACAAUAGGUAGGGUAAAAAAAAAAAGCACUUGGCGCGCAAUUGAGCAUCUAUAAAUGCUUUUGGCCUUGUGUGUUUUGUUCAACGUCCAUCAUAUCACAAGAACUAGAAACCAAAGUAUAUACUUCCAAGCAACCAACACUAACCCCAAUGGAGGUUCAGUGCAGCCCUUUUAGUUGGGAAUUCUUCUAUCAGGAAGAGGGGAUAGAAGAGCUAAGGCAUUCUCUUUUGUGCAAAACUUUGGAGCUUGAGACAACAAUUUUAUCAGCAAAGGAGAAGAUUUCAACAAGAGAAGAAGAAAUUGUUCGUCUCAAAGAUCUCCUCAGCAAAGCCCUCCAAGAGAGAAAUGAAGCUGAAGCAAAAUGCCAAACCCUAGUUUUGGACAAACUCGUGCUCCAACAAGAGCUACGGAAGCAGCAGCAAAAAGAUGAGGAUAAUGAAUCAAAAGGCAGUCAAUCUAACAAACACUUUACCUCUUCUGACUCCGAAGAAACCAUUGUUCCAUCUCCGAAUUCAGACCCUAUUAUGAUGCCGCCGGCACCAUUGUCAUCACCGCCGCCACUGCCACUGGCUGCUUUGAAAUUGGGAGCUAUGAAGCCGUUGCCGGAAAAAGGGAGGCUACUUCAAGCAGUGAUUGAAGCCGGACCGCUGCUUCAAACCCUUCUCCUGGCUGGACCGCUGCCUCAGUGGGAGCACCCUCCUCCCCAACUAAAGUACAUUGAAAUUCCACCGGUUGCCAUUUCUCCUCCACCACGGCGACUUCAACACCAAGACUCUUGCAAUUGUAGUGGUACUAGUUGUUUCGGUCACAAGGGAAGUUUGGUAAGCUCUGAUGAUUCUGGUUCUGAUUCAUUACCCAACACCAAGCGCCGAAAGCUUGUUCUCCAUUGACCAACAUUUUGUGCGUUUUAGUUACAUAAUUGUCUAAGGCUGCACAUCCUUUUCAUACUGUCAAACAUGCAGGGGCAGCAGUAUGGAAUGGAUUGCGCAAUCCAUAUCGGUUAGAAUUUUUCAAACAACCAUCGUAGAAAUGAAAAUCAUAGCUUCUUUAGGUCCAUCUGAUAACUAUUUUGUUUUUUUGCUUUUAACUCGGAGGAAUACUUGAAUGAUUCAAUCUUCUCUUCUCAGAAUUUAGUUGCUCUAAUUCUGUAGUUAAUGUAAAAUUAGUGGGAGCUAUAGCCUCCAAUUAAUGUAGAAUCACAUUUUGUGUGUGCC